GGGUCGUGGGCAGACGCCAUUUUCGCCCCAGAGGUGCUUCUGGGAAGUAGAGCGCGGAUCCACACGCCUGCCCGCUUGCCAGGUACGGCCUCUUGUGCCGGGGCUUUUAGGUCGAAGUGUUUGCGCCUGCCGCUGCUGCUGUUUUAUUCUCCGCACUCUCGAAACCCUAGUCGAGCGGGAGCUUCUGAGCAUCGGGCCGCGCCAUCGGGGGGUCACAUCGCCUGGAAGGAGGUGACGGGGGCGGCGCGGGGCGCGGACACUCCCCGCCGAGAGCCCGCCUGCCAUGGAUUCGGAAUAUUACAGCGGCGACCAGUCAGCAGAUGAUGGUGGCGCUACCCCAGUACAGGAUGAACGGGAUUCAGGGUCAGACGUUGAGGAUGAUGUAAAUGAGCAGCACUCUGGAUCAGACACUGGAAGUGUAGAACGUCAUUCAGAGAAUGAACCUAGUGAUCGAGAGGAUGGCCUCAACAAAAGGCACCAUGUGACAGAUUCUGAGAAUGAUGACCCCUCAAAUCUUAAUGCCAGUGACUCUGAAAGUGAGGAGCUUCAAAGGCAGAAGGACAGUGACUCUGAAUCUGAAGAGCACGCAGAGCCCCCUCCAAGUGAUUCUGAAAAUGAGGACACUAAUCAGCAUGGGAGUGACUCUGAGAGUGAGGAGACCAGGAAGUUACCUGCCAGUGACUCUGAAAAUGAGGAACUUCUUAAUGGGCAUGCAAGUGACUCAGAAAAUGAAGACGUUAGAAAGCAUCCUGCCAGUGAUUCAGAAAUGGAAGAGCUCCCCAAAAGUCCUGCCAGUGACUCUGAAACAGAGGAUGCUCUAAAACCUCAGAUCAGUGACUCUGAAAGUGAGGAACCUCCACGGCACCAAGCCAGUGAUUCUGAAAACGAGGAGCUUCCCAAACCUCGAAUUAGUGAUUCUGAAAGUGAGGAGCUUCCUAAGCCUCGGGUCAGUGACUCGGAAAGUGAGGAGCCUCAGAGGACUCAGGCCAGUGACUCUGAAAAUGAAGAGCUUCCCAAACCCCGUAUCAGUGACUCAGAAAGUGAGGACCCGCCAAGGCACCAAGCCAGUGACUCAGAAAAUGAGGAGCUUCCCAAACCCCGUAUCAGUGACUCAGAAAGUGAGGGUCCCCCAAGGCAUCAAGCCAGUGACUCAGAAAAUGAGGAGCUUCCCAAACCCCGGAUUAGCGAUUCAGAAAGUGAGGACCCCCCAAGGAACCAGGCCAGUGAUUCAGAAAAUGAGGAGCUUCCCAAGCCCCGAGUCAGUGACUCUGAGAGUGAGGAGCCUCAGAAGGGACCUGCCAGUGAUUCUGAAACUGAGGAUGCCUCCAGACACAAACAGAAGCCAGAGUCAGAUGAUGACAGUGAUGGGGAGAAUAAGGGAGAGGAUACAGAAAUGCAAAAUGACUCCUUUCAUCCAGAUAGCCAUGUAGACAGAAAAAGGAUCCAGAGUUCUGACAGCGAGGAAGAAGAACCCAAAAGGCCAAAAAUUGACAGUGAUGAAGAUGAAGAAAAGGUGGGGGAGGAGGAGAAAGUAGCGAAGCGAAAAGCUGCUGUACUUUCUGACAGUGAAGAUGAAGAGAAAGCAUCAAAGAAGAGUCGUGUUGUCUCUGAUGCAGAUGACUCUGACAGUGAUGUUAUAUCAGACAAAUCAGGCAAAAGAGAGAAGACUCUAGCAUCUGACAGUGAAGAAGAAGUAGGGAAAGAAGAGUUGUCUGAUAAGAAAAAUGAAGAGAAGGAUCUGUUUGGGAGUGAUAGUGAGUCGGGGAAUGAAGAAGAAAAUCUUAUUGCAGACAUAUUUGGAGAAUCUGGCGAUGAAGAGGAAGAAGAAUUUACAGGUUUUAACCAAGAAGAUUUAGAAGAAGAAAAAAGUGAAACACAGGUAAAAGAAGCAGAAGAUUCAGAUUCUGAUGAUAACAUAAAGAGAGGAAAACAUAUGGACUUUCUGUCGGAUUUUGAGAUGAUGCUGCAGCGGAAAAAGAGCAUGAGUGGCAAGCGCAGGCGUAACCGUGAUGGUGGUACUUUUAUUAGUGACGCUGACGAUGUAGUGAGUGCCAUGAUUGUCAAGAUGAAUGAGGCUGCUGAGGAAGACAGACAGUUGAACAAUCAAAAAAAGCCAGCACUGAAAAAAUUAACAUUAUUACCUACUGUGGUCAUGCACCUUAAGAAGCAGGACCUUAAAGAAACAUUUAUCGACAGUGGUGUGAUGUCUGCCAUCAAAGAAUGGCUCUCCCCUCUACCGGAUAGGAGUUUGCCAGCAUUAAAGAUUCGAGAGGAGCUGUUGAAGAUUCUGCAAGAGCUACCUAGUGUGAGCCAGGAGACCCUGAAGCAUAGUGGGAUUGGACGAGCAGUGAUGUAUCUCUAUAAACACCCCAAGGAAUCAAGGUCCAACAAGGAUAUGGCAGGGAAAUUAAUCAAUGAAUGGUCUCGGCCUAUAUUUGGUCUUACCUCAAACUACAAAGGUAUGACAAGAGAAGAAAGAGAGCAGAGAGAUCUAGAACAAAUGCCUCAACGACGGAGAAUGAACAGCACCGGCGGUCAGACACCCCGAAGAGACCUGGAAAAGGUGCUAACAGGAGAAGAGAAGGCUCUCAGACCUGGAGAUCCUGGAUUCUGUGCCCGUGCGAGGGUCCCCAUGCCCUCAAACAAGGACUACGUUGUCAGACCUAAGUGGAAUGUGGAAAUGGAGUCAUCCAGGCCUGGUAUUCUUAAAAAGGGCCUAAGCCGAUUGGAAAAGCAUAAGAGGCGAUUUGCAGAACAGAAACGACUCAGCAAAGUGCACCGUGCUGUCAAGUUCAGCAUUGAAGGCAACAGGAUGCCCCUGUAGUCCUGGCCCUGCCAGAGUGUAUCCAGGAGGUAUCCCCAAGGAAGCAUGCUCUGUGCAUGAGCUUGAAUUGUCAGCAGCUAGAGUGGAAACAAGUGUGCGUGUGCUUUCUUAACCAGAAAAGGCCUGGCCCACUUACAGUUACUGAAAUAAUGACCUUAACAAACAUUUCGUGACUUUCGAGUCUUAUUGAAUAUUUAGAAAUGGAAAUGGAAGUCCCUUCCUUUAUUAGUACCCCGGAAACUCAUAAUUAAUUCCCUGAUAAGCAUUUUGAUCUUCCUGUUACCCAUUUUUAUUAAAAAUAAACCUUUUUUAGGGUCCAGAAUCAUAGUGGUCUGCAUUACAGGCAGGUACACAAGUAAUGAGUAGCUUCUUGGUGGAAGGGAGGUGACUUUUCCCUCCAUUGUCAGUGGCUCAUCAGUGUGCAUUUGAGAGGGCCCAUUGCAUAAAGCCUUACACUGAAUAGUUAAGAGAUAAAUUUGAUUAUUACAUAUUUAAUACAGGGUUGGAAAUGAAAACGUUGGGACCAUUCCUUAAAGCCACACUCCCUGCUGUGCUCUGAGAUGAAUAGCGCUACCUUUGUAGCAGUGUGCUCUUGAUGAGAGUCUGAGUGUGUUUCCUUCCCUUUGUCACUUCUCCAUGACCCCUGCUUGGGCAGCUAUUUUCACGGACUACACUCACCUUUGUGCCAGUUCAUUUUUGCUGUUAAGCUGCAAUCAGAACAAAGCACACUUUUUUACUUAUUGAGAAUAAAUGAGAGAUAGAAGAGCACUAUUUCAGUGUCAAGAACUUUUUCAUACUUCCUUCCCCUUUUUUGUACUUUUUACCCAUAUCCGCAUCCCUUGAUACCCCUGCUCUUCCUCAACCACCCCUCUUUUCGUUUUAUCUUUACUUUUUUCACUGUCUUUUCGCCUCUUGCUAUUCCUCUCUUAGUGGUAUUUUUUCUUCCCCAGCACACUUAUGUUUGAGAAUUGAGAACUACAGUAAGGCAGAGAGCUUGUAAUAAAAACUCUUCAGUGGCCAGUCUUCUUUGGAAGCCUAACUGUGUCCUGAAGGGCAUGUGUCCAUCUGCCAGUGUUGCUAGGUGAUGGGCAGGUGGGAAGAAGUGGCCCAGCUAGAGCAGAGAGAUGACUAAGCAGGACAAGAGGGAAAUUCAAGCUGCUUUCCUUUCCUUCAUCUUAGCACUCCCAAGAUCAUAAUGUGGCCAGUAUUUAUCUAGGCCCGAGUCUAGGCAUGUUUUGGGGGCUGGUGGUUUCAUGUUACAGUUUAGGGUGUUGUCCUUAAACCACCUGACGCUGUUUCCCUGUUCAGGAAGAGUCCUUACGAAUUCACUCAGGGCUUCCACAUUGCAGACACUAAUGAGUAUUAUUAGAAAAUGUAUUUUCCAGAAGAAGAUUGGAGUGAGUAAAUGGCUUUCAAAUGAAACUCUCUUUGUUUUAAAUGUCAUUUUUAUUUUUGAAAGUACAUAAGUAAAUAUAAAACACUAUAGAGUAACCCCAUUCCCAAAGCCCUUCCUCGAAGUUCCCACUGUUAACAAUUUGAUGUGUUAAAUGUAUUUCCAGUAAUGCUUCAAACUUGUUUUUUUCUGGUUAUAAUUACAGAAAAUUUUGAGAUUAGAAAGAGAAAUCACCCACCAUUCAAAAGCAGUUUGUUACAGUUUUUGCCCUUUUUUUCUAUUGAUACUUUCAUAAAAUUAUACUGUAUAUAAUUUUGGUCACUUUCCCUUAUUAAACCACCUUAUCAUUUAUCAUUUAUAAUAGCUGCAUAAUAGUCUAUCAUGUGAAUAUAUAAUUUGUUUAUUUAUUCCUCUAUGGAUGGUUUCUGAUUUUUCACUCCUAAAUAAUGCAGUAACCUACCCUACAUUGUAUGUUUAUAUGUUAAUUUAUUCCAUGGAGUGCUUUUAAGAUAACAGUAAAAUGACAAAUGCAAUGUAUGUUUUUAUACAAACGUUUAAAUGCAGAAAGCACAAAUAAAAUUAAUAUCGCUUGUAAUUCCACCACACCUUAAUAUUAACAUUUUGGGUUAUUUCCUUUUUGUCCUUUUUAUAUUGUACAUAAAUAUUACUAGUUUUGUGGUUUGGUGUUUUUGUUUUCAACUUUUAUGCAAAAUUGCUGUUUUAUACUUUGUUGGAUUUGUGUUUUACUUAACAUGAUAAAAACUCAUUUAAGUAAACAUUCUUUAGUGACUUAAUAUUCUGUCAAAAUAUUGUACCAUAAUUUUUUUAAGCACACCCAUCUUGCUAAUCUUUUAAGCUGCUUUGUUUUUUCACUGAUAAAACAGUGCAGCAUACACUUUUAAUGUCCUAAGGAGUUGGUACAGAGUUGAAUGAGGAGAGAGGUUAUUGAAUUUGGCAUGUUAGGUACUAUAUCCUAUGUGUUCUCCGACUUGCGGAAACUAGGCGUCUGCCAGCUACAAGUCUUAAAAGUUAUAUAAAUAAGAAUGGAUCAGCGUGACCUGGGUGUGUCCCUUUUGCAGAGGCUAGAGGGCUCACAUGGUUAGAGAGGGGGCUGGGAGACUUUCCUGCUGGUGUGUAAAGCUGCUGGGAGUUGGGUAAUUGGAGAUCUGAGCGGGUAAGGCUUCUGAUGUGGACUGACUAUAAGUACUGAGAAUCAGGGCACAUUGUCUGAAAGGAGGUCACAUGUUUAGGACUGUCCAGGAAAUCUGGGGAUUUGAUAGGGUGAUAGUAGCAUAGCUGCUUCUCAUCUGAUAAUGAAUGUUUAGGCUAACUCAGAGUACUAGUGCCAAGUGUUAAAUUGACAUGAAUAUUUGGACUUGGGAUUGUUUUAGAAAAUCUAGGGUGGAUAUCACUCUUGUUCAAGACUGACUUAGGGUUCUUUGCCCUUGUCUGAGGUGCAUGCUGAGUCUAGAGGUGGGAUAAGACUUGGGAGGGUUCUCAACUCAAAAGGACCGUCACCACACUGGUAACCAACCCCAGUGUCUCCUCCUGAGCCCUACCUUCUUUGAGCAGUCUUGGAAUUGAACUUCACAGGUGGUUCAGUAGUAAACAUCUGGGGAGAAGUAGAAAAACUCAGUCUCUUUUUAAACCACUCAACAUUCUUAAAGAUAGGAAUUGUCAGUAACACUAUAUUCAACAAGAAGAGUUCCCCCUGGUCUUUGACGUAAGUGGCAGGCCUUUUCAUCAUUUCUAAAGGUCAGUUUCUUGGAGACUGCAUCUUUUCAAGACCAUAGUCAUUUCAAAUUAUAAAAGAAAUAACCUAACAACAAACCUUUAAACAUAUAAGGCAAGCAAGGAGAGAUGCAAGAAGUAGUAAGCCCCUUGGAUCAAAAGAUUUCAUUUACUUUUCUUUUUGUAUCGAGUGUAGUUAUUUAACAUAAAUCUAAUUGGUUCCAAAGUAGUAGUAAUAAUAGUAAUAGCUGAUAUUUAAUUUGAGCACUGACUGUGUGCUGGUAUUUGACACUAUUAUCUCAUUUACUUCUCCCAGCAGUCUUGAAAGAAGUACAGACCAGGGGCCUGAUUUGCCCAAGGUUCUAGAACUUGCUAAGUCAAAGUGGGGAUUCACCCCAAGUCUGAAACUAGAGCUUCAGCACUUAAUGGGUUCACUUUACUCACCUCUCGCCUCAUUCAUUAUGCUUAAGGCUUUUUCUCAGAUGACUUUCGAAGAUCACCAUUCUUCAUGCCAGCACUGUUGGGAGAUGAAUAUCUUAAGUGGUCUGGUCCGUGUUUGACCUUUGAAAGGGAAAAGCAUAUAGUCAAAAUGUAAUUUAAUGGAAUUGGGGUGAUCAUAGUUUAAAUUUUCCCCCUUUCAUCUAGGAGGUUUCUAUGGACUGAGGCAGAAUUUUAAAAUAAGACACAGACAACUGUUAAUCUUCAUUGAGAGAGUUUAAUAUGUGUACAUGGCUAACACUGGUUGUGUACACUUGAUCUAUUGUUCCUGAGGUCACCAAAGCAUAUUGUGAUUAUUACAGAGAUUGAAGCUCUUCUGACUGUUAACUUUCAGGUAAAAGAACAUGAAAGACAAAACUAGAUUUGUGUAUUUCAAUAAUUUGCUCUUUAAUUUUUACC